AUGCCGUACAAGUGUAAGUGGUUGAAUCGUUUCCAUCCAACUAACCAUGGGCCCGAAUCUGAGUGUGAUGUUAAAAGGAAAUUGACUACCGACAUGUUUUUAAAUGAUUUUUACCUUCGCAAAACUUCGAAGGAUCCCCUAUCACUACGUUGUAGCUAUUUGGGCCUACAUCUAUGCGUGGAAAUUCCCCACUUUUUCGAGUUCUUUUUGAAAAAACCACAUACAUUUUCCGUUUUAGUGCCUCAGCCGUCUUUCAUCAAAUGGAUAGUGGACCAAUUUCGUCGACUUCGCCGACCCCGAUGCCGCUCAACCGAAACCAAGGAGCGCCUAUUAAACUCAAAGUCACAGAUGUCCGAGUGUCGUCAGCAAGGUCCAGACCAUCUCGCUCAAUCCCAUCAGAAAUCGUAUUCCAUCGCUGUGCCUGAUCAUCAGGCCAUCCGCGCGAGAAAAUCCACCUCCUCGACUCAAAACAUCGCACCUGAACUACGUUUGCCUGCUCCAACGUUAAGUACGAAGCAAAAGUUAUCCGACUUCGGCAGUUUACGACGCUGUUUCAGCUUGGCUGAAGAUGCUUCACACGAGCAGGGUCUGGUGAAUGGUGACACUCCUGUUUCAAAAGUCUUUCCUCCCUUCCGACCAAACGCUGCCUCUGGGCCUUCCGAGGGUUGUGUCAAAACAUCGAAUCCACCAAUGUCCGUUCCACAAUCUGUGAAUUUCAGCAACCGCCCGAGAUGGAUAUCGCAUCUGGACUUGUUUGGAAGUCCUUCAUGUUCCUCUCUCAUCGUCAAUCCACCGUUUCGUGUGGAUCGAUCCCCUCUGCACCCAUUGGGUCCACCGAGUCAGUCAGGGUCCAGACUUGCACUGCACAGGCCCAGCGCAGACCGCACAACUGACUGGCAUUACACGAAUCAUGCUCGUCAGAGCUCUUUGUGCACUCCGAGCCACAUGACUCUUCAUCUUCGUAAGCGUCCCGCAACACGAGAUAGUGGAUUCGUCGAAUCCGAUUCGGUACACCCACAAACACAACCCCCAGAUCGGUCUGCAGGCUACUCUAUUUCCCCCUUGUCCAGGUCAUCAGACGGUGCGCGGUCAUUUUUUGCGACCGACACCACCUCGAUGGCUAUGCCCGCUGUGAUACCUCAAACAUCCUAUGUGUGGUGGACCACGGGGUUCCUCCAGCACGCGGUGCCCCAACGGUUCACACCGGGUCCGAUUUCUCGGUGUUCUGGCUAUCAACCCACAUCAGGUUUGAUGGAAUACUCUAUCAGAUAGAUACUCGCAGAUGGAGUUGUGUGCAACCGCUACAACCUGCAACCUUUUUGUCUGGCUGGCACCGAAUCAGAAAUGAUUGGACCACCACAAUCCGUCCCUUCUGUGGGGGAGGCCCUUUCCAACAUUUUUUCUUUCAUCACAUUCAGAUGGCAUUUAUACCUCAAGCGAGUUAAUGUUAGUUGAUAUUUAUGUAGAGUACGAAAAGUGAUAUGCAAAAUUUGUUU